UUCUUUCUAAAUCGAUGAAGAGGCUUCUUUUCUCGACGCGUCUCCCGCGUGCGAUCUGCGAUUCUCAUUCGUUUGUUCUCUGGAAAACCGUCCGCCGACUCUCUCUCGCGUGUUCCAGUUCCCUUUUCGAAGGCAGGAAAAGUUACCGAGCCUCCCUGUUUUCUUUGCCUCUUUCUUUUUGCGUAUCACUCCCACUGGGCCCGCUUCUUUUCGACUGAAAAACGCUCGUCGCCGUCGGACUUUGUUUUUUCGCGGUCUUCCGGCCGUACGUUCGCAUGCAGUCUGCUUUUUUUUCCUUCGCGUCGACUGUCCCGGUUCGAUCGUUUCCUUUCUUUUCCUCAACACUCCGAAUGUUUGUUCUUCACCGCUUUUCCGCCCUUUCCUCCGAUUCUUCUCGGUUCCUCCACUCCUCUGGACGGGAUGCGCUACCUCUGGCAUCCAUGUCUCUCCAGAUUCGCUAACAGACCUGUUUUCGCCUUCUCCCAGGGUGGGUCGACCUGCCCCGCUUCCCGCCGCUCUUCUCUUUCUCUCCGUCCAAGUCGCGUCAUUCUCGCGCCUCCUCCUUGCUUCGUCUCUCUGCUGCGCCUGCGUCUGAGUCUCGUCUUUCUGAGUCUGCCGUUGGUGGAUUUUUUCUCGCGUCGCCAAAAAUGACAACCGCGCACAGGCCGACUUGGCACCAGGCCCUCGGAGGGGAACAUCAGGGAGGCAACCGUCUUGUCGCCACACAAAAGGUUUCGGCGAAAGAUCAGCCGGGGAAUUUGACUUUGAAAACUCGGAAGGCUGCACAAGGUCCGCAGACGUCUGACCGCAGCGAAUUUCGCGUUCAGCUCGAAGCUAAGGAGAAGAAGGCCCUCGCCGACAGAAAGAAAGCAGAAGCGACUCUGACUGCGCUCCCGCCGGACUACGAGAAUCCAUUUCCAGAAGACGCAGACGACGUCGACGCACCCGGCCCUCCUUCAGAAGCUUCGUCCGACGAAGACGACGACAGCGACGAGGAAGAAGCGUUGCUCAGAGAACUCGAAAAAAUAAAAAAAGAACGAAUGCAGGAGGAACAAGCCAAGCAAGCCGAAGAGGAGAAGAAGAGACAAGCCGAGCAGCAGGAACGCAUGUUGCGUGCGAAUCCUUUGCUGAUGGCUGACGGGGCGGUGAAGAGGCGCUGGGAUGACGAAGUUGUUUUUCGUAACCAGGCGAAGAACCAGCCGAAGGCGAAACGCCAAUUCGUGAACGACCCCGUCCGAAGCGAAUUUCACAAAAAGUUUCUGAGCAAAUACAUCCGGUGA